AUGGCAAUCCGAUCACUCUUAGCAUUGGCAGUGCUCAGCAGCAUUGCAAUUGCAAAUGCCUUGCCACAACAGUACUACUUCGUUCGAGGAAACGCCGAAAGAAGAGAGGAUACCGGCGAAAAAUCUGCAGAGGUGAGUGUAGAAGCUCCCGAACCUCGACGAACAGUCUACGCAAGUCGACCACGAGAGCGCUAUCAGCAGGCAUCUCAUUCCGACGAAUACGAUGAUGGGUUCUCCUACCGAGUGCGAGCCCAUGGCGGGAAAUCCUACGGCGGCGGCUACAAGAGCGGCAGCGGAGAGAACAAUAAGUCCUACGGCGGCGGCCACAGCGGCAGUGCGGAAUUCGGUCACUCGGAAACCCGNAAGCAAUUUUAUUUAUUUUUCAUUCUGGAAGGUCCCUCCACUUUUCGGCUGUUCUCCUACCGAGUGCGAGCCCAUGGCGGGAAAUCCUACGGCGGCGGCUACAAGAGCGGCAGCGGAGAGAACAAUAAGUCCUACGGCGGCGGCCACAGCGGCAGUGCGGAAUUCGGUCACUCGGAAACCCGUGACGGACAAAAGACCACGGGUGCCUACUUUGUUGAGUUGCCGGAUGGCCGCCUGCAACGCGUCGACUACUUCGUCGACGGAUACUCCGGAUACGUCGCCCGUGUGUCUUACUCUGGCGGCAAGGACGACUCAGGGGAAACCCAGGCCGCCGCCGCCGCCGCCACCGACGCCGAGAAGUAA